UGUCUCAUGUCAAGCAAGUACGAGAUAAUGGGACUCGGCAACCGCAUAGAUAUAAGACACUGUAAAACUGUGGAAAUCGUCCGGAUAGGUUCUCCCCUCUCCUCUGGCCUCUAUCAGUUUCGAACAAUAUGUCCCUCCCUUUUACGUCUGAAGCCCAUUGUCGCGGUUGUCGCGAUGACAUCAACCUGAAGGAGCAGAAACAUAAGGCCCAACAGAGAUACAUGGACCCUGAUACUGGAAAAUGCACGGAGCUUGUCGUUCAAGCGGUGAAACCAGCCCCCGGAACAAACCAGAAGAAGAUAACCGAUCAGACUCGGGCGACCCCCAAACGUGUUGUCUCGCUCUUCCGCCCUAAGACUUGUUCGACGAAGGACGUGUUGGUUUUUAUAUUGCUUUUUCCGUUCAGAUUCCUCGUCUGCUCCAUUCAUUUACUCAUCUGGCCGCUCGAUGGUCUGCCGAAGGGAGGCAUGGGAGGAGGCAUCGAUGUAACAGAAUAUCCGCCUUACCUCAUGUAUUAUUGGGGCCACUUGUGGGCAGCUCGAUCUCAGAAGGAACACUCUGCAUUCGAGAAUGGUAGGGAGAAUCGCAAGCGUGCGUCAUCCAGAACUGUUUCUGCGGCAAAUGGUAUCACCCGCCUUCUACGUCCUCGUCGCAAACGCGAAGAUGACUCCCCUUCCACGAUGCCUGUCGUUGCUUCUACUCCAGAGAGUACGGCUCGCAGCUUCUACCCUCAUCGACUCGUCAUUCUUCGCGAUGAUGACGUCUGGGAGGUCUGCGAUGAUCAUGACAAGAUAGCUCGCCAUCGUUAUUUCGCCGUCUCUUAUUGCCAGAGGGACAUGUUGGAAGAGGAGGAAUUCAUCAUGUCGAUCCAUUCGGCUGCCCUGCAGUGCAAAAUGAAGGCUUAUUGGUUGGAUCUCGAGUGCAUGGGUAACACGGACGAGGAGAAGCAUCUGGAUGUUUACCAAUUAGCAGACAUUUACCGUGGUGCCGAAUUCACCCUUGUCGCCCUCCCUAAAUCGGAUGAUCCCACCGAUGCUCAAAGUGGGGAAAGCUGGAGGAGUUGGAGCGACCGCGUGUGGACACUACCGGAAAUCUUGUUGAGCAAGGAGUUGCGAUUCAUGGUUGGGCCGAAGGGUCCAGUGACCAUAAUCACUCUCCGUGAGCUCGCUAAUUUUGCUUACGGACACGAUAGCGAGGAAGCUGCGGUUGUCAAUGCCUGCGGUGGCCUGGACCGCCUGUAUCAGCUGGAACAUCUGACCCUCCUGAAGGCCGUAAUUUGGCGUCGAGGCAGUUCUUCGCAAGACCCAGAGAAAGCUCCACCAAAAGUGCAAUCUCGGGCAUCGAAGGGAAUAGAACAUCUUUCCUACGAAGCCGAGAAGGUGUACGCUCUGAUGGCCUUCUUUGAACAUCGAAUCAUGCCUUUCCCUCCUGAAAGCGAUCUACAUGCACUAGCCCGGCUUUCGAUGAUUAACGACGAGUACCGUAUAGCAGAACGAAUGCUUUCCAUGUUCCCCCACGAAAUCCCAUCGACAUCUUGCUGGUAUGCCGACAAUGAUCAGUACAAAGCGCAGUUCUGGGACGUCGAACCAGAGGUUCAGGUUGCUGGAGUAACAGACAAGGGGGCGCUGGUUCUCGAUGGCUGCCGAGCUGCAUCCAUCAGAUGGAAGGAUUUUCCAGAGGUCGGUGUUCAGACGACGGAGUCCGGCUUCCGUCAACUGGUCGCCAAAAUCGCUGUAUUUGGUAUUCCAGGCUUCUAUGCCCUUGCCGCGCAAUGGAUUCCAUGGUUGUGGAGUAAAGUCUCCGCAGAGUCAAGUGCUGUGAGCGCGGACGCUUCGGCGUCGUGCAGCGGGAGCUCGUGUGCGUUCAAGCUUUCCCUUAGCCCCGCAGCGACAAUUCUCGCCAUCGUUAUCUUCGGCUGGGCCACCUUACUUCUCAUUCUCGGCCCAUUCAUGAUCGCCUAUUCGAUUUCUGGACGUAUUCUCUUCACGCAGCCAUUCCUCAUUGGAGUCAAAGGCGCCUUAAAGGUUGAAGAAGCUUCGCACUACCUCUAUCGUGGAUGGUUAGUGCGGCCUCGUCUUGCCUACACGACCAGUGGUUCCGUGCUUGCCGAGCAUGCCGGGGAGGGGGAUAUACGGGAAGGGAGACAAGACCCAAUAUGAUGAAGUUAAGAAGCUGAACAGAGACUGACCUAUACA